GAGACGCGGGGAUAAUAUAUAUAUCCCUUCCGCGAGCGCUACUGUUCCUAUAGUAACACGGGUAGAUUAUAGAGACCAACGAAAUUGGAUCUCUGAGAUUCACUUUUACGGAGAGCAAUUCCAAGUGGUCCAAAGUGUGAAAUCCAGCUUUUGCGUGAGAACUUUUGCAUAAACAAUUGCAUUGAUCUUUGCACUAUGCGCGAGACACGUCAGAAACUACUUUCCACGUUGUUAAUUUAUAAAGAAAUUCUAAGAGGAAUAAGCGGCACUUUGAUGCGACAAAAUCGACAUUUUGUGAUGAGCUACGUUUUCAUGGAUUAUCUUUGUCGCAAGUUGCAAAAAUUGUCUAAACAAAAUCUGCGCUGGAUCGUACUGCCGGACGUAACUCUGAAGCGUUUAAUGAACGACGUGAAAGAGACGCAGAUUCGAUACGUCGAUUGCGAUUCUUGCGCGCUGGCAAAUGUGCAAUUUGUGGAACAAUCGUCGAGCGGUUGGUUUCACAUAUGUUCGACGUUUUCGACGAGGAAAUACAAAUUAACAAUUGCAUCCUCACCCGACGUCAAAGAAGACACCGUUCUAAUUUCCGAAACAAUGCGACGCAAUUUGCAAACUGCUCUUCGUUGCGAGCAAUUGGACGAAUCGUGCUUUUUACUGCCAUCGACGGACGACGACGCGGUCGAGUUUGCGAUUGAGGCGAGAAUAUCCUCAAUCGCCAGUCCGUGCGAUUGCGCGACCGAGGUGGUGGACGCCGCGUUAGAAAAUUACUUCUCGUAUCCUCGAUAUUUGCAUGUGAAUGAUAUAAUUAAGAUCGACGCGAAGGAAUACGCUCGGGAUCGAUUUUAUUCGUCCGCUUCUUUCGCGAUUCCUGUGUUACAUUUUCUCGUCAAAUCGUUGAAACUUUAUCGCGACGGGCAGCUCGACAGCGUAAACAGUUGUUACAUCGUGCGCGGGGAAUCGACGCUUAUUCAAGAAGCGCGGGUUCACAGCUACAUCCCCCGAAGACACGUUUGUUCGAACGACGACGUUUUUUCGCGAGAAGAAACCCAAAGAACGUUGAAGACCGACGCCGGAUAUCCGUCAGCUCUGACGGAAUCUCUGGAGCGCUUAGAAUCUUGCGUCGUGCCUUUUCUAAACGAAGACAUCCAGUUGCAGGUGAGGCCGAUCUUUCUUGUGAAGGGAUCGCGUGGUUGCGGCAAGGACGAAUUGGUUCGAGUCGCGUCGGAAAGAUUGGGACUGAAUAUGUACGACGUCGACCUCGCAAAAGUUCAGACUCUAACGUCAGCGCAGACCGAAGCGAAGCUCAGAACAGUAUUGCAGAACGCACAGCGAUACGUGCCCUGUAUAUUGUAUUUAAAUAACAUUCAAGUGUUCGGUAAGACCGCUGAGGGUCAGAAAGACGAGAGAGUUAUUUCCGCAUUCACAACGGAGAUCGCCGCGCUUUACGAAAAACGUCGGAAAUUUCCUCUGAUCGUUGUAGCCGCGUCAGACGAGUCCGACUUGCCGGCGGAAUUGCAUCGGAUAUUCAUCGAAACUGUUCACGUGAAACACUUGAAUCAGAACGAACGGGCGGAACUGAUGUCUUGGUUCUUGUCCGACAGAAAUCUAACGACAACCGCGGAUCUGUCGAAAGUGGCCGGUCUCUGUUCGGAUUUCAGAUUCGCGGAUCUGUUGGCGUUGUCGUUGCACGCGAUUAAAUCCCGAUGCAAAACCAUGACGUGGCACGAUUCUGACGAUUCUUGCAAGUUUGUCUUGACGCAAGAAGAUUUCGAUCGAGCAUACGAUUACAUGCAGUCGAUACAAUCCGACAGCGAGGGAGCUCCACGCGUGCCGGAGGUUCGUUGGGAAGACGUGGGCGGUUUGACGGAACUUAAACACGAGAUAACUCGUAGAAUCCAACUGCCGUUGCUGAACGCCUUCGGAUUUGGAAAAUCUGGAUUGCUGUUGUACGGUCCGCCUGGCACGGGAAAGACUCUUCUUGCUAAAGCAGUUGCGACGGAGUAUCAAUUGCACUUUUUGUCGAUUAAAGGUCCGGAAGUUCUAAAUAUGUACGUCGGUCAGAGCGAGAAGAACGUGAGACAAAUUUUCGAGCGUGCGCGCGCCGCGGCUCCCUGUAUCAUCUUCUUCGACGAACUGGACUCACUGGCGCCCAAUCGAGGCAAGAGCGGUGACAGCGGCGGCGUAAUGGAUCGCGUGGUCUCUCAAUUGCUCACCGAGAUGGACGGCCUCGAGGAUUCCGGCAACGUGUUCAUCAUAGGAGCGACGAACAGAAUCGAUCUGAUAGAUCCCGCGCUGCUGCGUCCCGGCAGAUUCGACAAGAUGCUAUACGUCGGCAUCCACUCCGACCGCGCGUCUAAGCUCAACGUUCUCAAAGCGCAAACGCGCAAAUUCACGUUACAAGACAAUCAGGUGCUGGAACAGGUUGUGGAUCAAUUGCCCGACAACGUAACCGGCGCGGACUUGUAUUCGGUCUCUUCAAACGCGUGGCUCAACGCUGUGCGCGAAGCGUUAACCAAACGCCAAGAAGCCACAAGGGACAAUAUUUCAUUCGAAGAAGAUAGUUCGGUUAAGGACAGCGUUGUUGUGGGGUUGCAGCAUUUUGCGGACGCUAUUCGCGACCUGGUACCUUCGGUCAGUGACGAAGAGAUAGGAAGGUAUGCUUUUAACAGGAAGAAGCUGUAAAGGUGUCUCAAUCGAGAGUGUCUUUUCAGUCAUCACUGUUCAAAGCUUGCGCGGAUAUACGUUCAGGUAUAAGUGUUUUUGGUACAACUUGAAAUAUAGCUCACGAUGUAUUAUAAACGACAUAUUAUUUUAUUUUAUUUUGAGAAGUAUGUAAAACAAUUUGUACAGUGAAUAAAAUGAAGAAUCUACGCUCUCUUUACAGAUUAUCUUCGAUUUACAUUACUCCGCAUUAUUGCGCCGAACGGUCAUUCAUUUUUAAACACUGGCGCAUGGGGAAAACGCGAAACUACUAUCGCAAAACUAUCGAACCUGUCUCUCUCUCUCUCUCUCUCUCUUCCCCCCCGGAAUACCCAGGAUGCUUCGAACGCUUUUCAUUGUGCGCGCUCUACAUAUAUUAUAUUUUAUGUAUAUAUAUAUAUAUAUAUAGUAUGCAUAAUGACCAGAAUAUACAAUGUAGAAAAAUAGGACAGCUAGAUUCACUGCGAACGCAUUCGUACGGAUGUAGAUCGGUAGAUUCGAAGAUAAAAGCUGAAAAUUCCGCGUUUAAGUGCACAAAUACGACGCGCAACGUCGCACAACAAACUACGGUGUGGUUGGUUCGAAAUCGUAGACGUAGAUUACAAGGAUUUUAAAUUUUUUUGAGCUAAAUGACGAGGGAUUUUUCGUUCAUUCAAAUUUGCGGACUGGAUUCGCUUCUCGCAACAACGCGAGAUACUUUUUGAUAACACAAAGAAAAUAAUCAAGAGAGAAUCGUAUUUAAAUAUUUGAUUUAUACAGUGUGUGUGUGUAAGUUGUGUGAUUCGCCUUGUGUGCGUGUGCAAGACGCGUUGAAAAGAUUAAUUAAAACACACCUAAAACGAAUGACACCGAAUAACAUUUUUUUGUUUUUUUUUUUUUUGUUCGUACGUCGGACAUUUAACAUCGUAUACCUUUGGUAUAAUCGCGAGGUAGUAAGUAACUGUUCGUGUCGGUGCAAUCGUCGCAAACAAUGUUGCGCGUUGCAUCAUCGUCUCAUUCCAAAAUUCGAUCCUAUCUCUCUCGCAAAUCGGCACGCGCGAACGAAACCGAUUCGACCGCUCUGUCGCUCAUAUUGUCUGUCCGUAUUCCUUUUCGUUCGAAUUUGCCCUGUGCCUUACGAGAUAAAACUGUAACAUUUUUUUUUAUUGUGUUAUGUUUGAGCAUCUACUAUCAAGGUACGAAUUAAAGCGAUACGCUUAUUAGAGUGUAUGUCGACGUUAUUAUUAUUUUUGAGGAUUCAGCAGGAAUCGUACAACAUACUCUUUUUUUUUUCUCUUAUCUUUUAUCAGAUACAAUUUCUUUAUCAUCGAAUGAACACUACCGUGUGUGCGCGACACACACGGUUCGUUUUUUUUUUUUUUUU